UCUGUCUUUCAUUUUCGAUGGCUUAUCGUAUAGCACCUUGUUACGACCGGGAUUGAAAUUAAAUCCCAAAAAUUCGCCAAAGUGCCAAAUUACGAGAAGAACGUUAGAUGCAUGUCUUUGAAAUUUAUCAUGAAUUCCAAAUUAGCUAAAUAAUAUUCCUCGCUCCUAUAUAUUUAAUAAACAAAAGCACAUCACAAUGGAAGAUUUCAUUCCAACGCGAGGAUCGCAAAUGAAGAAACAUGUUUCAGAAGAAUUUGUAUUAGUUAAUUACGAAUCUCGAAAAAGAGCGAAGAAAAAUGAUGAUAGCGAUAAAGAUAAGGACGCAUUGCCCGACGAAACCGAUGAAACUACCACAAUGACUAAAGAAACUAAAGAUAUGGAUCAGAAAAAGAAGCAGGAGCUAGAGAUGAAACGUAUUAGAUACGAGGUUAUGAAGUUUGGUAUGUCUGGUUUUCAAAAAGCAGAGGCCAAUAAAGCAAAAGUUCAGCUUGCUAUAAGUUUAGGAGCGAAACCUCCCAAGAAUAGGAGAAUGAAUUAUAAACACUUAAAAGAGCGAAGAGAAAGAGAAAGGGAAAUGCAAAAGAAAGCAGAACAUACGUCAGGUCUAGAAAUGAGCAUGAUCAAACAUAAGAGUAAAAAGAAAAUUUCUAAAGUUAAAAAGAGUAACGAUAUAUUAGAGGUUUACGGAAAAGUGACCAAAAAACCAGAGGGUAAAAAGAAGAGAUGAAAUCACAACUGUAAAUGUUUAAAACAUCUUUGGUUGCUUUCAUAUAUUGUAUGUUAUAUACGAAGAAUAAGGAGUAAUAAAAUAAUAUUUUUCUUUA